AAUUUUGUCUUCUUCGCUCUUUAUUCCCAACUGUUUGACGUAACAAGGCAUCGACGGACCGUCUCAAAUGGAGAAACCAAUCAGUUGAACAACAUUUUCACCGAUUUCACCAUAUUGGCCACCAUCUCUUUCUCUCACUAGGUUUUCAUUGCUGCUUUUCAAGAAUUCAUACAAAAUCUUAGAUUCUCUCUCUCUCUCUCGCUCGCUCGCUUGCUUUAGCUGUUUUUCUUUCGAUAGAGAGCGAUGAAGACGUCUCUGAAGAAACUGCGAGGAUUGGCGCAUCACAUGCACGAAAAAAGAGAGCGACAUGUCCAACCAUCUAAGGCUCAAUUGGAUGAGCUCGCUCAGGCUUCUCAGGACAUGGAAGACAUGAGGGACUGCUAUGACAGCUUGCUUUCUGCAGCAGCAGCGACUGCAAACUGUGCAUAUGAAUUCUCAGAAUCACUACGGGAAAUGGGUGAUUGUCUUCUUGAGAAAACUGCAUUGAAUGAUGAUGAAGAAAGUGGUAAAGUUUUGCUGAUGCUGGGAAAAGUGCAGUUCGAACUCCAGAAACUUGUUGAUAGCUAUCGGUCUCAUAUUUUCCAGACCAUCACAAUCCCAUCAGAGUCCCUUCUUAAUGAACUACGCAUAGUUGAGGAGAUGAAGAGACAAUGUGAUGAAAAAAGAGAUAUAUAUGAAUCCAUGAUAACAAGACACAGAGAGAAGGGGAGAUUGAGAAGCAGUAAAGGAGAACGUUUUUCUUCUCAUCAGUUGGAACAAGCUCAUGAGGCCUAUGAUGAGGAGGCAACCUUUUUUGUUUUUCGAAUGAAAUCCCUGAAGCGGGGACAAUCCCAUAGUCUUCUUACACAGGCAGCUCGGCACCAUGCUUCUCAGCUUUGUUUCUUUAGGAAGGCUCUCAAAUCUCUCGAGGCAAUUGAACCACAUGUCAAAUCGGUCACUGAACAGCAGCAUAUUGAUUACCAUUUUACUGGACUUGAAGAUGAUGACAAGGAUGGUAGUAAUUCUUAUGAUGAUGACUAUGAUGAUGAGGAUGAUGAGGAUGAAGAUGACACUGACAGUGGUGAUGAAGAAUGUGAUGAUGGUGAGUUGAGUUUUGGCUAUGGACAAAAGGACCAGGGACAAGAUCUUUCUAUAUCAAGAAACUCAAUGGAGUUGGAACAUGUGGAUCUUACGUUUCCACAUGUUGCUUCAAUUGAUGCAGCGAAGGAAAAUCUAGUUGGAACCCCUGGUGGGAAUUAUUUUGACCCUCAGAGAGAGCUCAAGGAAAGCAGCAAAUCAGCUCCACUUUUUGCUGAGAAGAAAUUUGAUCCGGCUGAAAAGCCGAGACAAUUAUGGCCAUACUCUUCACGGAAGUUUCAUACUUAUGUGCUACCCACUCCAGUUGAGACAAAGAGUCCAGUUUCGGUGAAAUCAGAUGCUCAAAUUCUUCAAACAAAACAAAGACAAACAAGUGGGCGCAUGCAGAAUUUGUGGCAUUCAACCCCUUUGGAACAGAAAAAAUAUCAACAGAUUUUGGGAAAUGAGAAAUUAUCAGGCCCCAUCAUCCUAAAUACAGAGUCAGUACUCAAGGAAAGCAACAAUAAUACAAAACCAUGUCGAUUGCCGCCUCCUUUGACUGACAGAGUCUCCUCUGUGCACCUUGAUAUACAUGCUGCUUCUGUUACUAAAAAUCCCAACAGACAAGCUUUUUCUGGUCCAUUGACAGGGAAGUCAUGGGCAAACAAGCCUAUUCUAUCUGCCAGUGGUCCCAUAGCCUCAACAGGACACUCUCAGCCGUUAUCUGGUUCUCUCCUGCGUACUCCAUUGCCUCGGCCAUCCUCAACCCAAAAAUUAUCUUCAAGUGCUUCUCCUACUUUUGUGUCAUCACCUAAAAUAAGUGAGCUUCAUGAACUCCCUAGGCCUCCUGCUCAUUUAGCCUCCAAUAGACCUUCAUAUCAAAUUCAUCAUUCAGCUCCCUUGGUGUCCAAAUUUCCAGAGCUUUCUGCUACGAAAAAAGUGGUGGUGUUCACUGCAGCAUCUACUCUUCCAGUUCCUUGCCAUACCAUCCCUCGUAGUUACUCCAUACCAUCCAGAGAUGACAGAGAAAUGCCAUUGAAUGCAUCCAAGCCAUUGGAUGCUGCUCACAAUUCAAAGUUGGCUGAAGAAAUUGCGUCACCUCCUUUGACACCAAUUUCUUUGUCUGAUAUCUAGCCGCUAUCUACUGCUUCUGGAACUCUUAUUCCAGCCAGUCAAAUCAGAGGUGCCGGUUUACGCUAUGUCCAACUCAUCUGCAAAUAAAUUUUGGCUAUGUGCAGCUCAUCUGCAAGAAAAUUUUGUUCUUAACACGUCAACAGAAUUGGGGGAGGGCGAUUAGUGUUUUUUCUUCCUGGGUACGGGCGCAAAUCUGUAAAUAUGUCCUUUGAUCGGUAUGUUUCUUCAGGUUCCGAGUGUUUGCUCUAGAUGUUUAUGUAUUACGAUGAUGGCUGCGCAUCAGUUCAUCAAAUUACUAUCUUUUAUUUCAAUCGUAGGGGAGAUUUUGAAUCACCACCAAGGAAUUCAUAACCAAUUUUCCCUCAGUUUUGAGUUUCAAAUCUCACCCUUAAUUUGUGUUAUUUUGGAUGAAAGACUUUAUAUAACCUUGCAUGCGGAUACCAUUUCA